AUGUUCCUCCAACUUUUCGUCGUCAAUAAAUCUGGAGGGUUAAUAUACAACCAGAACCUGUCUUCCGCUGCACCGCGGUUGAACAGCAACGAUUGGCUUCGACUAGGCUCGACCUUCCACAGCUUGCACGCCAUCGCGGCUCAGGUCGCGCCAGUUCCAUCCUCGGGCAUCGAGAAGCUGGAGACGGACACGUUCAAGCUGCAGAGCUUCCAGACGCUCACGGGGGUGAAGUUCGUCAUAACCGCAGAGGCGGGGACGCCAGACCUCGGGGGCGUGUUGCAAGAGAUCUAUGAGCUCUAUACGGACUACGUUCUCAAGAACCCCUUUUACGAGCUGGAGAUGCCGAUUCGUUGCGAACUGUUCACGCUGUACCUCGAGGAGCUCAUCGAGCGGCAUAGCAACGCUGGGGGGGCGCCAGGCGGAGGCGGUGGCGGCGGCAAAAAGCCCGCUGGUCAAUACUAG